AUGUCUUAUGAUUUGAUUAUCAUUGGAGCUGGUCCAGCGGGAUUGACCGCUGCUAUCUAUGCCAAACGAGCACUUUUAAAAUGUUUAAUCUUAGAAAAAUCCUUAGCGGGCGGGAAACUAAACAAAACUGCUGAUGUCGAUAAUUAUCCCGGAUUUAUUUCCAUUAAAGGACCAGAGUUAGCCGAAAAAAUGACUGAACAUACUAAAUAUUAUGAAGUUGAUUGGAAACAAGAGGAAGUAUCAAAAUUAGAAAAAAAGGGGGAAGAAUUUGGUGUGAGCACAAACGAAGGAAAUACUUUCACUGGAAAAACGAUUAUUAUUGCAUCAGGAGCAAUUGAAAACAAAUUAGGAAUUAAGGGUGAAAGGGAAUUUACUAAUUUAGGCGUUUCCUAUUGUGCAAUUUGUGAUGGUUUUCUUUUUCGCGGUAAAGAUGUCGCAGUAGUAGGCGGAGGUUAUUCUGCCUUAGAAACGUCUCUUUAUAUGAGCAAUGUUGCUAGCAAAAUUUAUCUUAUUCAUCGACGGACUGACUUCCGAGCCGAGAAAGAAAUAUUAGCAACUGCCAAAAGCAAUUCAAAAAUAAUUUUUCUUUUGAACUCUGUCGUAACGGAAAUUCAAGGAAAUGAAGCGGUGGAAAAAAUAAUUGUCAAUAAUUCAACUGACAAUAAAGAUAGUGAACUGAUAGUUAAUGCCGUUUUUCCUUGCAUUGGACUUUCACCAUUUAGCAACUUUGCCCACGAAUUAGGAAUUUGUGAUCAGCAAAAUUAUAUCGCUAUUGCAGAUGACUGUUCUACAAAAAUUCCUGGUUUAUUUGCUGCUGGUGAUGUGGCCCGAGCCAACGAGAAAAAAAUUAAACAAAUUGUAACAGCUAUAGCGGAAGGAGCUAUCGCUGCCCAGUCAGCCAUCAAAUAUUUAGAAAAGGUAUAA